AAAGUACACGUAGACUUUAAAAAAAAUUUUAACUGAUUAUAACGUCAUUCUUAUAUCAAAUUACUUCAUACUGAAGAGCAAUGGCCAGUGAAAUCAUAGGUCCAAAUAUUGGUUUCAUUUUAAACAACAAAACACCAGCAGAUGUAGCAAAAGCCAUGAUUGAAAGUGGUCGCCAAAAAGAACCUUUCUAUGUAUUUAAUAUGGACGAAGCAUAUCACCGUAUACAGCAUUUUAAAAAAAUGAUGCCUAGAAUACAGAUAUUUUAUGCAAUGAAAGCAAAUGACAGCGACAAGAUGCUGAAAUUAGCAGCUGAACUUGGAUUAGGAUUUGAUUGUGCGUCACCUGGUGAAAUAUACAAAAUACUGAAACUUAAUAUAUCGCCGUUGAGCAUUAUUUUCGCAGUCCCAGCCAAGACUCCGGACGGGAUGGUUUUUGCACGAGAAUCUGGCAUUCGUCAUACAACGUUCGACACGAUAAACGAACUGAAGAAAAUUAAGCAGUUUUGGCCUGAUGCUAAACUAUUGAUUCGAAUUAAAGUGGACGGCGAGAGUAUAUAUAAAUUGGGUGAAAAAUUUGGUUGUGAUUUUGAAACGGAGGCUGUUAAUCUUUUAGAAGAAGCGGCUGCGUUAGGUUUGAAGGUAGUUGGAGUAGCAUUCCACGUAGGCAGUGCUUGUUCUUCAGCUGAUAGUCAUGUGAUUGGAAUGCGACGAGCAAGAGCGCUUUUUGAUCACGAAGCCCGAGCAGGCAGGAGUAUGAACAUUAUUGAUAUCGGUGGAGGAUUUUUGAGCGACCGAACCGAUCGAAUCGACCAGGUAUCCAAACUAAUAAACAGUACCUUGGAAGAAUUAUUCCCGGACCCAAAUAUCCAAGUUAUCUCAGAACCAGGACGAUAUAUUUGUGAUUCAUCUUGCAAUAUGUAUUGUAGCAUUAACAAUAUACGAAGGGUCACCAAAGGAGGUGAAAUAGUAAAUAUGAUUUAUCUAAAUGACGGGGUUUUUGGGACCUUGAGAUUUAAUGAGCCAUGGCAUACGGUAAAACGGUUUCAGAUAAGUCCAGAAAUUAAAAAUGACAAGCUAGAAAGGACUAUUCUCUGGGGACCGAGCUGCGACUCAAUGGACCGCGUGAUGCAGAAUGUGGAGAUCUUGCUGCCUCGCUGCACGUCAUUUGAUUGGCUAGUGUUUUCUACGCAAGGGGCGUACUCAUUUGGAUUUGCAACAUUUUUCUCUUGCUUAGAAAAACCUCUGAUUCGAUCAGUUAUAUCUCAGACAUUAUGGGAUCAAAUAAAAAAUAGUAUAUUUUUCGGGUCAGAUAUAUUUAAAAAGGAUCCUGAUAUUUCAUCGCCGCUUCCAUCAACUGUACCGCCAAUCGUGAAAACGGCAACCAUAGCAGGCUCGAAUUAUACUUUAAAGAUAUAAAAUAAAAGAUACAUGUUGUAACAAUAAAUUAUUAUUAUAGCCAUUACUUAUAAUUGUAAUCGUAGUUUUUAAAUAUGAUAAUAUUUUACAUGAGAUUCUGGUAGUUGUUUGUAUACCAACACUUUGUUUAAUAAAUAUUUAACAUGUGCUAAUAAAGAAAAAAUA